UUAAACUACCAAGGCUACUGGAGCAACACACACAGCAAGAUUCAAGGAGUACUGUACUUCCAAGAGGACCUGCCAUGAGGAAAAUGGGGGGCUGGACUUUUGUUAUGUGCCUCUUAAGCACUACAUUUGCUAUUCCAUUGCCACAACAUCCUGGCUAUAUCAAUUUCAGUUACGAGGUGAUGACACCCUUAAAGUGGUACCAGAAACUAAUGGGACCCCAGUAUCCACAUUAUGCCUAUGAGCCCAUGGGAGGAUGGAUGCACCACCAUGCAGGGCCAACAAUGCACCAAGCUCAUUAUCCAAUGCACCUCCAUCAAAUGCAGCCACAGCAGCCAUCAUUUCCACACCCAAACCCACAAAUGCCGCAACCUGGUCCUGGUCAUAACCCGUAUGUGCCGAUGACUGGGCAAAACACAAUCAUGCCACAGUAUCAACCAGGUCACGUGGGACCAGUUCAUCACUCGCUUCAACCACAUGCAGGAGAGCACCCAAUGCACCCCCUGCCACCAAGCGGUCCAAACCAGCCAAUGCACCCUCAGCAACCAGGGAAUCCAAACCAGCCGAUGUACCCAAACCUGCCUCCAAUAAUACCAGAUACACCCCUUGAAUCAUGGCCACCAGCUGACAAGACCAAGCAAGAAGAAGUGGAUUAAAGGGGCCAGGAAACCAGAAUAAUGAAGAGUAUUUUAGGCACCUUCACUUGCUUUCAAAAACCCAUCAUUCUACUGCAGUGAUAUUAAUCCAAAUUCUUAGAGAAUACUGUAGCUAGAAAGCAAACAAACACAAAGUAGUAAAUAAUAAAGCCUGUUUUAAAUCAA